UUAGUGCUGGAUUUUCUUGUGUUUUUCGUGUGAUCGGAUUUUUUUCAAAGUGGCCGCGGAAAAGAAAGAUGCUGGUGGCGAAUCUCGCGCCAGUCCACACCAAAAAACUCGCAGAACUUCGAUUUCACCACCACCGCGACAAUUGACACCUUCGUCGGACCGGGUGCCACCAACUAGCGGUUCUGGUGCUCAACAAAAUCACGGAGAAACGAUGACACCGACGGCAGCAACUGCGGCCAAUACACCAACGAUGCUGAACUGGGCACCCAUUCUGUUUCCUUCUGCCUGGACUCCGGCCCUGCUACCGGCGUUUUAUCCGGCGGCUCUGCGAUCUCUGCCCGGAUUCCUGGACAACAUGAAGCUACCGCGCUCGCACCGAACCACUGCCCACAGCGGGUCCGGUUUUCACAUCAGUGACAUUCUUGGUCACAAAGACAAGAAACAGUCUCGGUUGGCUACGGAUGAUGAGAACACCAGCGACGAAGGAAUUAUUCCAACCACGGUACACCAUCAUAAUCGCAGUGUCGUAACCGAUAACGACAGUAACCAUGGUAACAUCACUCCAGCAAACAGUGAUGACGAUAGUCACAGUAGUCACAGCCAUCUGAUGGCCGAUAAUCGUCAUCUGACGACCCGAACAAGUGAUCCCAAAGUUGAACUACUAUCCUCACCCGAACUGCCGGACGGUAAAAUACGGAUACGGUCCAGUCUGGCGGAAGAUUUGCACGCUCGAUUCACAUCACUUCCUGCAUACGCUCAUCAUCCACAUCACCCGCUAUUUCCGGCCACUGCAAGCCCCUGGUUGUACGAGACGUGCAGCAACCUUAACGCAUCUCACCAACAACAACAGCAGCGGCUUGCUCAGCAGGUCAGUCCAGACAGUACGUCACCGGUACAUUCGGAACAAUCCUACCAUGGCAUAACAGGUUCCGGUGGAAGUGGGGGCCUUAAUGGCCAAUGUCCACGAACGCCUAGUCCGGCAGAAAGUGAGCAGCAUCAUAUGAAUGCUGAUGGUAAUACGGAACAUUCGGACGAUGUAGAUAUCGAGGAAGGUUGUGACGAAGAGAUCGAUAUGAUCGAAGAUAAUGACGACAAUCCCACGGAUAGGUCAACAAAUGGGAUCGGACAUAAAAAGCGAAAGCGGCGGGUUCUGUUUUCCAAAGCUCAAACCUACGAGCUAGAGCGUCGAUUUCGUCAGCAGAGAUAUCUUUCUGCUCCGGAACGGGAACACCUCGCUUCAUUGAUUCGUUUAACACCGACACAGGUAAAAAUCUGGUUCCAAAACCAUCGCUACAAAACGAAACGGGCAGCGCACGAAAAAGGAUCGAUGGAUCCAAGCGCACAUCAAUCGGGAGGUCUUCCGUCACCCCGUCGUGUGGCCGUUCCGGUGCUGGUCCGCGACGGAAAACCGUGUCUUGGUGGAAGUAAACAACACGAUAUGAUGGCGGCCGUACAAGCAGCCCAUCUGCAACUUCCACCGGGUUUUCAACAUGCCAGCUUGCUUCAUCAUGCUGCAGCGGCAAGAUGGUGGCCAUAAGUGUUAACGCGUCCAGGUUGCAGCUGUAAAUAGUCAAAUCUCUAUACUGUUCACCGACGCUUCACAACUCAUAUUGUGCGUGCAUAGUCCAAAUCGCCGUUGUCGUCAUCGUUGUCGCUGUAGUCAGUCAACGGUAAUGUUUAGUGUUGUAGAUGUAAAUCAAAAUCUCAAAUUUUAGCGAAUAUAUGCGGAAGUCAGUUUUUAGGUCAAGUAAUAAGAGUCUAUUUAAUUAUAUUUAGUUAAUUUAUAAGUUGUUCAUCCGCCACCGAAUAUGAUGAGUUUCUCAACGAAACAUUUUAACUAAAUCUAUCACAUUUGUAAAUAUUUGCAAUACAAAGUUCACCUAAUCUCGUCGAAGUUGAAUGUAACAACUACAACUUUUUGCAAUUUGGAAAACGCAUUUCUGAAAAAAACAGCCAAAGUUACUUCUGUUCAACUUCACUAUUGCCCGUAUAAACAAGAAUACUACACAACAAAAAAAGCCCCGCCAUCAUUAACAGUAAUUUGGCUGAACCCUUCGAAUAAAAUAUGUAUUACCAUAAAGAAGCUGGAUCAUUCUAUUCCUAUCCAUACAAGUAUGUGAUACAAUA